AUGUCAUCGCUGCUGAAAGAGGAAAUGCAGAAAUGUGUUUUCCGACCAAAAGGCCAACGUCUGGAGGAAUUUAUAGAAAUCGAAUCUGCGCAGAAGAGACAUUUCCUCUGUUUGUCAGUGGCUGCAAAUAAGGAUGUCCGGAUUUGCGUUGUGAAAUACACACGAUCCGGUGCAUUGGACAAAUACGAGAUGGUGGAAGAAUGGUUUCUAAAGGACCUCGUUUUACUAGAUGGGAAAAAUUCUGACACAGAUGAUCCUCGUUUUGUGAUGCAUUUUGGCACAGUGCAUCCCAUGACAGCUGUGAACUGUGCAGCAAAGUACUCCCUGGCACGAGCGCUGGUGGCUCUGAGCAACUCGCAUGGUCAGAGAGGUCUGCAGGUGGUCAACUUUGACAGGACAUACAUCCAGCCCACGUCCGUGUACUCCAACCGUGGAGACUGCAUGGUGCUCAUGCAGAUCUGCUUCUAUGCAUUCAAUCUGUUGUGUCUGACUCUUUGUUUUGGUCAAUCCUUCCUUGAUCCCAACAUCCAUGUUUUCAAGCAGAACCUUUUGUACUGGGAGUGUCUCAACAGCAAACAGAAGCUGUACCACAAGGUGCUCAUCCACCAGAGCCAUGAGCUGCCGCAGGACGAGAUCACGUUCGCAGUCUACAACAUGGCCUCGGUGGACUUCGAUGCCUUCUACUGGGCCUUCCUACCUGAGUUCCUUAACAGCUGCCAGGGUGUUGAUGGCAACCAGCGUGGCAUCCUGGGCCGCAACUUAGAGAUGGAGCAGGACCUGCCUUCCUUCACGCAGAGCGUCCACAGACUGGUGAAUGACCUGCGCUACUACAGGUUCUGUAACGACAGCUUGCCCCCUGGGACAGUGAAGCUCUAG